AGCCAUUCAACGCAGUCAGCUGUGCUACACUGGCUGGUAUCCUCAUGUCCUGACCAUUUGAAGUGCCAGGAUCUCAGCAUGGGCUUCGAUGUCAGCAGCUAGAGAGCUGAACGACGCCCUCUCCGUGGCCCUGAGCUCCUCGAGCAUCGAGUGGGCGGUGAAUGUGCAAAUUUGCGAUCUGGUCAAGGAGAACCAGUACCUCGCGCCCUUGGCCAUGAGCCGCGUUGACGAGCACCUCCGCAAGGAGUCCGCCCGGGCGGUGCAGCUGGCCCUGAGCCUGCUGGAGAUGCUGAUCAAGAACUGCGGCCUCCUGGCUUGCAGAGCCGUCACCGCAGGAAUGGCCGAGGCAUUGGUGGCCAUCGUCAAGAAGCGCGAGAGCUGGAGGUACGGCUUUGGUCGGAACCUGCACAAGUCAGGGUUCUCGGACUGGCUGCCCCAGGGUGUUGCGAUUGGCGAGGACAAGCGAGAGCAGUGGCGAAUGGCAUCGCAGAAGGUCUUGGAGAUUAUGCAGCUCUGCGUGGACGCGUUUUUGCAGCACGAAGGCAGCAUGAGGCCCAUCUUCAACGCGUACAAGCAGCUGCGCCAGGAGGGCUACCAGUUCCCGCGCUCUGCCACGGGUGUUGCUGCAGACCUCUGCCUGGUGAAUGGCGCAGAAGACAGCCCAGCGUAUCUGGCCGGUGCGACGUCGUCCCUAUCGGCACCACGAUCUGCGCCCACGGCGUCGGCCAGCUGGGCCGAGGGAAGGGCCGAGGGAAGGGCCGAGGCCGAGCGGGAGAAGGCAGAGGAGGAGAUUGUCCGAAUGGUAGCUGCGCGAGCUGAUGCGUCCGAGCGGGUGGAGGUUCUGGUGCAGGCGCUGGAGCAAGGAAGUGACUUUGAUCCGGCAGAGCUGGAAGAGCUUAUCACCUUGGUUGAGGACAUCUCGGAGGUGCUUCGUGGCCUGGGGGUGGAGAGCGACGAGGCGCCUGCUGCGAAUUUGCCGCCGCCACCCGUACCAGUGCUUGCGACACAGCCGAGCGGGCCUACUUGGAUAGAUGCCAGUCCCGAGCUGCUUAUUUCAGGCAGCGCGCCCGCCAGUGCAGCAGCGGGACCGGCCGAUCAUUUCAGCGGUGGGAGCCCGCCGCCACGGACAGUGCCGGCACCGGCCCGGGUCAUGGAGGAUGGUGAGGACCCCCUUUUCGAGGCCCCCAGCCACCAUGCUGGGGAGUCCUUGCUUGGCGGCCGCAAGAAGAAGCCAGUGGGCUCUUGGAGUCAAUGGGCGUCGUCCAUGCGAUCGAUGACCGGCACAAGCAGCUCCCGCCGCCUCGGCGACGGAGUCCCCAGGAGCGUGUAUGCUGAGAUGGGAAGUGGCAAUGACGAUGCGAUGCCACUGUUUCACUAGCGUCUUCGAA